AUGGAAGGUGUUUUCCUCCCGGGUAGUGAGCCAGCUUCCGGGCCGGGGCGGGCCGGAGGGGGCACUCCUGUGUCGGCUGGAGACUCUGAGCUCCUCCACCUGCCUUCAGACGUCCACCUGAAGCCGGUGGAGCUGCAGGUCCUCCCGGAAGCAGGCGUGUUUGUGGAGAUGCAGGCCAUGCAGCAGCUCCUCCUGCUGCGCUCUGCUGCUCUGUCCAGGCAUGGUGCAUCGGUGGGCCUGCAGGCUCCAGGCUGGCGCUGAGACAGGAUGAAGAGGUUCAGACGACAUGGCCAUGAGAGCCAGAGGGAUCGACUCAAACAGGAGCUCUUUCAGUUCAACAAGACGGUGGAGCAUGGCUUCCCCCACCAGCCCAGCGCUCUGGGCUUCAGCCCCUCUCUGCAGCUGCUGGCCAUCGGCACCCGCUCAGGUGCCAUCAAACUUUAUGGAGCUCCAGGGGUGGAAUUCAUGGGCCUACACGAUGAGAAUGCUGCAGUCACACAGGUGCACUUCCUGCCCCACCAGGUUGAACUGGUGACUUUGUUGGAUGAUAACAGUCUGCACAUGUGGACUUUAAAAGGCCACAACGGGCUUUCUGAGCUUCUGGAGAUAGGACGCUUCACGCUUACUGGACCACCUGGUGCCCCCCCAAGUGUGACGAGUGUGACUGCAGUGCUGGCUCACUCCUCCGGGGAGCUGCUGCUGCUGGGAACCGAAGGAGGCCAUAUUUUCAUUGUUGAAGUCCCAGGAUUCAGAGAGCUGGAAGAGAGGAACAUUAGCCUGGAUCAAGUCACCAGCAGCGUACCAGAUGACUACAUCGGUCGCCGGAACCUUGAACAUGUGGAAGCCUUACAAGAGAACCCAAUUAAGUCCAGUCAGGUUGUUAUUGGAUAUGGCCGAGGUCUCAUGGUAAUCUGGGACUUGGAGAAACAUUGUGCCAUGCAGCACAUCCCUGCCACGCAGCAACUGGAGAGCAUUUGGUGGACGGAGGACGGAAGCUAUAUUCUCAGUUCACACAGUGAUGGAAGUUACUGUCGGUGGAUGGUUGGAGCUGAGGAUGUAAACGAGGAGGAGGAGGAGAAAUCAGAUAUUCCAUAUGGCCAUUUCCCCUGCAAAGCCAUUUCCAAAAUAGUUCAGCUCCCCACUAAAGAAGGGCCUCCGUUCCUGCUGUUCAGCGGUGGUAUGCCCAGGGCCAGCUACGGGGACAGGCACUGCAUCACAGUAAUCCACGGCAAAACGCACGUGGCCCUGGACUUCACCUCCAGGAUCAUUGACUUUUUCGUCAUUCGUGAUGGACCUCAGCAUACAGAGGAUCCCAGUGCGUUGGUGGUCCUAGUGGAGGAGGAGCUAGUGGUUAUUGACCUGCAGUCAGAGGGCUGGCCUGUCAUUCAGACACCUUACCUGGUCCCCCUGCAUAGUUCAGCCAUCACCUGCUCUCACCAUGUUUCUUCAAUCCCCCUCAAACUGUGGGAGAGGAUCAUUGCUGCUGGGGAUCUGCAGAACUCACACUACUCCAAAAAGCCGUGGCCAGUGACUGGAGGGCAGAACCUGGCCUCUGAUCCUCCUCAAAGAGACCUGCUGCUCACAGGACAUGAAGAUGGAACUGUACGUUUUUGGGAUGCCUCAGGAGUGUGCCUGUAUCCUCUAUACAAGCUGAGCACAGCCUCAGUCUUCCACACAGAUGCCGACCCGAAUGAUAACAUGAAUCAGGGCACUGAAGGAGAGUGGCCACCAUUCAGAAAGGUCGGCUGCUUUGACCCCUACAGUGAUGAUCCAAGGCUUGGAAUUCAGAAGAUCCAUCUCUGUAAAUACAGUGGUUACCUGGCUGUAGCAGGCACAUCCGGACAGAUUCUGGUGCUGGAGUUGAACGAUGAGGGAACAGAGCAAGCUGUGGAGGCUAAAGUUGUAGAUCUGCUCCAGGGCCAAGAGGGCUUCCGUUGGAAGGGCCAGUGUCGGCUGGAUGUGCGUGAGGAGCCGGUGCAGUUUCCACCAGGAUUCCAGCCCUUCACCAUGGUCCAGUGCCAGCCUCCCGCCGUUGUGACCGCUCUCACCCUGCACUCGGAGUGGAAGCUGGUGGCCUUUGGCACCAGCCAUGGCUUUGGGGUGUAUGAUUACCAGCAAAAGAACAGAGUCCUCGUCAAGUGCACACUAAACCCAAGUGACCAGCUGGCAUUGGAGGGUCCUCUGUCUAGAGUAAAGAGCAUAAAGAAAUCCCUCCGGCAGUCCUUCAGGAGAAUCCGGCGCAGCAGAGUCUCUCUAAGGAAACAUCAUGUCAACAAUGCUGCAAAGCUCCAGGAGGCCAACGCUCGCCUGGAGGCUGAACUGGCAGAGAUGGAGCUGGCUCCUGUCCAAAGGAAGAUUGAGGCGCGCUCCUCAGACGACUCCUUCACUGGGCUCGUACGCACGCUCUACUUUGCUGACACCUUCCUCUCAGACAGCUCCCAUAACACGCCCUCCCUGUGGGCGGGGACUAAUGGCGGCGGUGUGUUUGCCUACAUGCUCCGCCUGCCUCCGGUGGAGCACAGAGCAGAUGAGCCCAUCUCUGCACAGCCAGCCAAAGAGAUCCAGCUGAUGCACCGGGCCCCUGUGGUGGGCAUAGUGGUGAUGGACGGCCGUGGUGCCCCCCUCCCGGAGCCUCUGGAAGUAGCCCAUGACCUCUCCCGCUCUCCUGACAUGCACGGCUCUCACCACCUGCUGGUUAUUUCUGAGGAACAGUUCAAGGUGUUCACCCUGCCCAAAGUGAGCGGUAAGAUGAAGCUGAAGCUGACCGCUGUGGAUGGCUCCAGGGUGCGGCGAGUGGGCGUGGCCUCGUUUGCCAGCAGUCGCACCGAGGACUACGGCGAGAGCGGCCUCGUUGUGCUGACCAACCAGGGUGACGUCAACGUGGUGUCGCUGCCACACGUGAAGAUGCAGGUCCAGUACCCCUGCAUCCGCCGGGAGGANGUUACUGAGAGCCUGCUGCUGUCUCCCAGGGUUCUACCUGAUCUCCCCAUCCGAGUUUGAGCGCUUCUCUGUGUCCACGCGCUGCGUGGUGGAGCCUCGCUGUCUGGUGGAGCCUCCUCUCCGUUCUGAUGGACUGUCAUCUGCUCCCAGGAGCCCACCAGCUGAGGAUGCAGAAAAUGCAGCUAGACGUGUUAUGGAGCAUGCUUUGCUGAAUGACGAGAGUGAGUACUCAAAGAACAGAGGAGAGGCUGUGAUCAAACCUGGAGCUGUAGAGUUUCUCUAGAGUUUCUGUAGAGUUAGGCCUCUGAACCCUGUCCAUCUCUCUGUCCACAGAGCUGGGGUGUUCUGGUGGAGUGUACUGUACUCCUGAGGCGGGAUCACCUGCUGCCCAGUUACCACAACCACUACUGACCCCCGCCCUCCCACAGACACACCAAAGCACCCAGGCCCGAGUGCUCUCCGCCCCGGGGCCUUCCACCGGAGGGGGGGGGGGGACCACCGCCUGUGCCUACGGACCACACACUGUCACCACAGCACCCCUCCACCCAAAGCUACCUGAAGAACUGUCUUGAAAUAUGACCAAUGUGUCCUACCAGCGGUUAGCAGCUAGCGUGGUGGCGCGGGUAGAAGUAGGACGUCCAUCACCAGCAGCUGCUAAACUAACGGACCCUCACUGCCUGGCUUGUGCGGAAAGCUAGAAGAAACGCAGGAGUUCCUCUGAAAUACGUUGUAGCCCUGCUUCAUUAUGCCUUUAGUGGAACCCCGUUUCUGCCAAGAGAAGAAGUAGCUUAAAAAAUUGCAUGUUAAAAGAUGAAAAAAAAGAAUCAUCCUGCAUCCAGUGAGACACUAGAUUGAAACAGCAGAGUGAGCUGGAUCUCCUGAUGGAAGUGAUGCACACUAAGCCAACGUUCCCUCUCACGUCUUAUUUAAAAUUAGGGAUGGUUCUCUAAUUUUGUUUUAGAAUUAGUCCCUUUUUUUUACUUGGAUCAUUUUUACACUUUUACUUGAAAUUUGAUUUACAAUGUCCAAAGUUUAAAGCUGCAUGUCUUUUUGGCUGCAGACUCUUGUUCUCAAGUGCCACCACUCUGGAUUAUUUUAGGGACAUUUCAUACCUCCACUGCAUGUGUGAGAGCAGCUAAAGUUUAUCCCCCUGUUCCUUAACUCCAGGCUUCAAAGGCCAUAACUUUACCACCAAAUGUCAGAGCAUUAUUUUCCUCAUUGCCAUGAACGAUCAUCCGCGAUGUCCAGAUGAAUGAACAAGGGAAGCCUCAGCUCUGUCCCCUCUGCAGGGCGGUAAUAUUUCAUCACUUCAUCAUGGAACUUUCUGAAUAUUUUGAUUUAAUUUGUUAAGUUAAUGCCCAGCCCGUCCUCUCAUGUUGUAUAGUGAGCACAGGUACAUCUGCACUACUGUGGAACUCGAUGCUGUACUGCUGGGUUGGAGCAGCUUUACUGUGGGGUUUGGUUUUUCUUUUUGUGUGUAAACUUUUUUUAAGGCCAGCAAUUAAUGAUGUAAUUUAGGAAUGUAUCUGUAUACUGUUGUAGUGAAAUUAUUUUAAUAUAUAGUGUGUGUAUGGCUGUACCUGUGGGCCUGUUGUAACUGGGAUUGGCUGCUAUUUAGAUACACGAGGAAAUGUUUUGGUACUCCUGUCAGAUUGCUGGGUAUUUUAGCAGAAUCCUAGAAGAUAUUUUUUUAGCAAACUGAUUAAGACCCCUAAUAUUUUUUAAUGAAAUGUAUGCUCACACUACAAUUUUGAUGCAGAUGAUUACACAAUUUUGUAAAGAA